AUGGACGGACACACUUUUCUACUCUUGCUACCGAAUAUUUAUUUUGCAGUUGUGUCCACACAACACACCGAUUUUAACUUCACAAAGGGAUUUGAUUGUUCAAUGGAAUAUCAGAGUCUCUGCAGCGUCCGUCCAUAUACUAAUGAAGAAAGUAAUGGGAAGCAAUGUAAUUGCCGUUUCAACAUAAACGUGUGUCUGGCGUCAGAAAACAGCAUUGUCUUCGCCUACAUUCCGCCAAAUGUGAAAUACGGAAUCAGCGAGAGUAAUGUAUAUUUGAACUUGUAUGACGGCGCAGAUACCGAGUACUACAACCCAUUCCGGAUCAAUCUCUCAACCAAGACACCAUGCAAGUUUAAGGACGUACUUCCUGGAGAAUAUGAUGUGUGGAUGUCUCCAGUUGAUCCUUCCGAAGACGAUUAUGAUUACGAUUAUGAUGAUGACGACAGAUGUGACUGUUUACAUAUGAAUUUCAUGGGUAACAAAGUUGUCGUCCGUCCCAAUAACAACGCAGAUCCUACAAGCACAGCCACAGGAAGCACCAGCUCCAUCAUAACCAAAUUGAUUACCACAGCUAGAUCUACAUAUGCAUUUUCUAACCAAGGUCAAGUGGCCUCCGGUGUAACAUAUUCAGCUUCCAUUGGUUUGACGACGAAUACCGGUAGUAGCGACACGGAUACAUUGAAUAACCACAAUAAGUCGACAUCCGGUGAAAGAGCUUCAACUUCCGGAGUCAUGGCAAGAGAUGGCGAUGACAACAACAGUAACAGAACAACUGUCAGUGACAAAAAAAUUCAUCCAGAAAACCAUGGAUUAAUCGCAAACGAAGUGAUACUGACCAUAGCUCUGUCCUCGGUGUGUUUACUGUCGUUUUCCCUCGUCCUAAUAAUAAUCGUGUGGAGGAGAUAUCCGCGUUGUUGCUGUCAUCGCAAGAUUGUCGAAAUCAAACAAGAUUCAGACACAGUUAAGACGACAGACAAACAACAGGAAGAGGAAGAAAAAAGUACCGGAGAAAAAUACGACUCGGGUAUACAGGAUUGGGAUAAUGAAGAAGGAUUCCUACAAUCUGACGUUGCAACUUUACAGGAGAGGUGUGGCAAUGUUUAUUCAGAGACAUGUCAAUAUUCAGAAUUAUCAUGUGAUCUCUAUGAUUAUACACAAAACUGCAAGAGUCAACGUGAUCCGUCCAUCUAUCCGGCGAUCACGAUUUUAGACGGAACAUUAGAAAAGACCAAUUAUAUUCAUCCAUUUUUUGAUGAUAUAACCCGAGAUGAGAACUCGUGGAUUCCAUCAUCUGCUUGUUCUGUAAAGCCAAAUAUGAUACAGGACAACCUUAUCAACCAAACGGAUAAACAAACACACUCGUCCGAACAAGGCAUGGCAGUACACAAAGGAAAUGUUCAUCAUUGCACAGUUAUAUUACAAAAUGACCAACAGCGGGACAAAAGUGCGUUCACAAGGGACCAGGUGUCUUUUAGAAGCGAAUGUGAUGAAAUGAUUCCAAAUAUACGAGAUAAGUUUGAAUUUGUCCCCCCUGAUUCGAAUCCUAGUGAGUGUUCUGACAUUACAAGUCAAAUAAUCGAACAAAGAAUAUUGGAAAUCAACAGAAACUAUUUCUGGAAUAUUUCUUCCGAUGGAAAUGUCAAGAGCAACACAAACACUUCAGAAUCACGUGUUAAUGACAAUAAGACCAGAGAGUCGGUCAACCAAUGGGUUUUUGAUCAACAAUGUAGUGAAGAUAUGGUUCACGACGGAAGUGAUGUAAGCAUUGGUGGCAUCAGUUUAUAA